AUGGAUGUUCAAGAUGAUCUCAAAAUUCUCUACUAUGACCCGAUUCAAAAUCGCGACAUCGAUCUUCCCGGCAACAUUCUCUCCAAGCGGCCAUCCUUUGAGAAAACGUCGGUUGUUGAGACCCAAGGCAAGAAGGAGCUCAGACAUUUCAUUGAAGAAAUUACGAAGAAUGAUCAUUGGAUUAAGAAGAAGAAAGAUCUUGGAUUAUCUCGCCCAGAAACCAAUCAAAAUACCAUCGACGCCCUGUGUGGUGGACUGUUAGCCUCAAACCUGGACAAUAAGUCAAACUUAUACCCAAACGAAAACCCAUCGGAAUACAGCGCUUUGAUUAUGCGAGUAUGCGACUAUGGCGCGUUGGCAAAGGAUAGAAAAAUACAAGGAAAUCUCCUCCUUCACAUUGCCAAAUACCAAGAGCUUGUGUUUGUGUCGUUAUGUGUUGUCAUGCUUGAAAUUGGAACUCCGAUUGAAAGUGUGGAUUGGAUGAUGCGCCGGUAUAUCAGUGAUACUAGCCCAUCUAACCUCCGGCGACUUCGAUAUGGGUUCCCGCGAUCUAUCCAACAAUACGGAAGGUUUGCAUACACGAAAAACAGUUACGAAACCUUCGUGACAGAUAUGGGGACACCCGAUCUAGCACUUCCUCUCGCUGAGGAUGGCUUCAGUCCGUACUGCCUUCCUUGUUUCAUCAAGAUAAUCGCCGGCAAUAAUAAGUUAAAUUUGGGCUAUAGCAUCCUACUCAUUUCUCCGAUAUACGAGAACUACUUCAAUAAUGCCCCCCUGGACUUCAAUCCUUUCACACAUGCAUACAGCGAACCCAUCGUGGAUUUCAAUCCAUUUACAUAUGCAUACAACGACUCGGUGGUGGAUUUCGACGCCUUCAACCAGGUGUUUCCUGGUGGCGCAGACCAUUCGUGA